GUGCCAUCCGGCCUGACCUCUACCCCCGCAAGGACAUUGUCCUCCAACAGUCGUCGCUGGACAGUGGUCACGGCAGACUACACACCAGGCUCAAGUACGACUUCCGGACCUGUGAUCUGGUGGUGCAUCUGAUUGAAGCCCAAGACCUGCCGGCUCCUGACCCCGUGACCGGUCAGUUCAGUGACCCCUACAUCCGGCUGUCCCUGGUCCCGUGUGUGGACGAGAGGGUCCGGCAGUCGUCUGUCAAGAGAAAGACGCUCAAUCCUUACUUCAACGAGUAUUUCAAGUUUCCGCUCGACUUUGAUGAUCUGAAGGUUGUGGGUGAGUGUGGUGAGGUACUCAUCUCCCUCAGUUAUCUCCCCACGGCAGAGCGACUCACCGUGGUGGUGAUGAAGGCCAAAGAACUCAAACUGUCCACGGCCGCUCCUUCUGCAGCGUGGGCAGUGCUGGACAUAACCAGCUCCAGAGGUGUCAUCUCCGGCUCAGAGGUUGAUGUGUAA